AUGUCGACUUCAGGAAAAGAGAAAACUUCUUUCUCUCCGGAGACUCAUCCUCGCAGCCAUUUUCCAGAAUGGAAAUGGAAGGGAACUCUUGCAGUCCUCAUUCUGACAACUCUAAUCAACGGUUAUGAUGUGAGCAAUGUAGCCAAUAUUCAGCCCGCCCUUUACUCGGCCUUUGGCAACAUUAAACUCCUUUCAUGGAUCAGCCUGUCCUUCAGUCUCGCCGUAUUCUCUGUUCUAUCUCUAUCCCGGAAGAUCAUGUACUGCGUCGACAUGAAAUGGAUAUACAUUGCUAAUGUUAUAAUCUUCAUGGCUGGUGCUGCGGUAGCUGGUGCUGCCUCCAAUCUGCCUACCGUCAUUGUGGGACGGAUUGUCAUGGGCGUAGGUGGCGCUGUUGUUUACCAAAGCAAUUUGACAUUUGUUGCCGUCUUCGCAACGCCCGAUGAGACACCUCGUCUGUUCGGUCUUCUGAGCGCAGUAUGGGCCAUUGGUCUCGUCAUUGGAGGCCCUAUCGGUUCUGCUCUCGCUUCGAACAAACACACCACCUGGCGGUGGGCUUUCUACAUGAACCUACCUUGGGUGGGUCUCAGUCUUGCGGCCGCCAUUUUCUGCCUCCCUCGCAAAUAUCUAGGGCCCGAAACUCCCUUAAUCUCCCGAUUAAUGGCAAUAGAUCCCAUUGGCAUUGCUUUCAAUAUGGCGACCCCAGUACUAUUUGCCCUAGCAUUGGAGUUCUCCGGUCCUGUGUGGGACUGGGGCUCCGGUGCGUCUAUUGCUGUCUGGUUGAUUUUCGGAGUGACCUUGAUUGGAUGGAUUAUCCAGCAAUGUUGGUGUAUUGGCACGACCCCGGAGCAGCGCGCUGUUCCUGUUCACUUGCUCACCCGGAUUGACUUGCUUCCGUUAUGGGUCGCGUCUGGCUGUGCAGGCGCAUCAUACGCCAUCACACUCUACUACACACCGCUCUUCUUCGCUUUCGCUCGCGGCCAAAGUUCGAUCCAGCAAACUGUCCGUCUCCUUCCCUUUGUCGUGGUUUUUAUCAUUGUAGUAAUUAUUGUUGGUGGGUUACUCCCAGUCUUUGGUCGCUACAACCUGAUCUACAUCGUUGCGGGCAUUGCAACUGUGGCGGGUGCUGGCGCUAUGGCCGGCACACUGAGUCCCACUGUCUCCGAAUCACAUGUGCUAGGCUUUGAAGCACUCAUUGGUGUUGGUCUUGGCUGUUCGUUCCAGCACGGGGUGGGUGUCUCGAAUGUCAUAAACAAGAAUUCUCACGAUCGCAUCGACAGUGCGGUCAUGUUCAAUAUGGCACAGAUGGGUGGCAUUGCAAUCGCUUUGGCGGUUGCAGGCUCCAUCUUCCAAAAUGUAGGAUACAACCUGCUUGCGGACGCCCUUGGUGAUGAAGGGUAUUCGGAAAAAGACCUGCGUGAAGCGCUUGCAGGGGUAUCCUCAGCAGUAUGGCAGUCUGGCAACCCCGAGGUUCUUUCUCGUGGAGUUGAUGCCGUGGCUACUGUAAUUGGGCGGGAAUUUUACUUAGUGGUGGCUAGUGGUGCCAUCUGUCUCGUCUGUGGGUUGGUGAUGAAGUGGGAGAGAUUGGACUGGGGCAAGAAGAAGAACAGGACAGUGGAUACAUGA